AUGUCGACCAUUGACCUGGUCAUCAACAACGCCGGCACGAUGUGGUUUCCCGAGCACACACUGACUCCGGAUGGAGUCGAGUUAACCCUAGCUCCCCACCACGGGGCACGGACCGACACGCAGGUCUCGCCUCCUCCCUUCAGCGACCUGGCCUGGACCAAGCCAGCCUCGGCCAUCCUCGAGAACGAAUGCCCAAGCUUCGCUAUGAUGAAGGCCGCGGGCAUCGAGCUCCACGGCGAACUGGUCAACGAGUCCAUGUCGUACGUGCCCACGGCCGCCUACGUGCACGGCAAGACGGCCAACUUGCUGUACUCGGUCGACCUGAACCAGCGCCUCUACGACCAACUCGAGUCCUUGAGUCUAGCUGUGCGCCUAGGCGAGGUGACCACGGAGUUUGGCCGCAACUUCUCCGACCAGGCGUGA